GCUGCACAGUGUUUCUUCUCUUCUGCGACCCUCUCCUCCUGUAUCGUUACAGUUAGCACUCCAGCAUUUUUUACUUGCUGUGGGUCUCUCUCUCUCUCCAACCCUGUAAAAUUUUUCUGAACCAUGACCGAGCAGACCAAAGCAGCGGCCCCAUCGGCACCAGGGGCCCCAUCACGUCCUCACUACUCUAGGGACUUCUUCUGGUCCCCCCUGUGGAGCUGGUGGCAGCAGCCCACCCCUAGCAGCCUCCUUCCCAACCAGGAUUUCGGCCUUCCACCGUUCCUAGAGGCCGGUGACCUCCGUGACCUCAGCUGGAUGGAUAACAUCCAUAGACUCCUGGCAGCCAGCUCCUGGACUGGGUACAUUCCCUCUCUGCCCCUCUUGGUGCCCUCCUUUCCGGCCCCGGCCUCCUCAAUGCACCAGCUAGCCCCCAAGCUGAGCAGGGUAGAGUCUGCAGGGUUGAAGGGGCUGUCGGAGGUCCGGGUGGAGGGGCACAAUUGGAGGAUCACCCUGGAUGUCAGUCACUUCUCCCCCGCAGAGAUCACUCUCAGGACCCGCAGUGGCUUCCUGGAGAUUGGAGGGACUCACGAAGAGAGACCAGAUGAGCAUGGUUUUGUUGCUAGAUGUUUCACCAGGAGAUACAUGCUCCCGAUAGGUAUUGUCUCUAAGACCAUACGAUCCUCUCUGUCUGGCGAUGGAAUUCUGACUGUAGAGGCUUCACUUCCUGACCCCAGCAUCCCUGAUGACAUCAUCAUUCCCAUUCAGGUGGAAAAGGAGACCAUCAGAGGAGAGGGAGAGGAGGGUGGAGCUAAGCCAGAGGAGACUACCGUAGCUGACACAGACUCCCAGCCUUCUCCAUCUGCCCCUGCUGUGGCCCCUGUAUCCCUGGAGGCGCCUGACUUCACUCCCGCAGAGCCUGGCACCAUGCUCCCCACAGAGGCACCCAAGGAUGGGGACAAGUUAGCACAGGAGGUCCCUGGAGAAGAGGCUCAGCCAGACAGCGCCACGGCUGAGCCAAAGAGCCAGGAGGAAGGGAGAGGAGGAGCAGAGGAGGGGGAGACACACACUAAGCCAGCUGGAGAGAUGGAGACCCACCCCCCAGAGCAUGCAGAUAAAGAGGGAAAAGAGGGAGAAGGGCUUCCAGAUCCCACAGAGCCCUUUGAGCACCUUGAUGCCCCUGACUCCCCAGACACAGUCACGUCCGACCGCGGGGAACACAAAACAGACCCAGCCCAAGACCAUGACGAAGAGCCCCAGCACUCGGAGGGCUCAGGGGAGGCAGCCGAGGCCCCGCCCCAGCCUGAGGAGCAAGAGCCAGGCAUGAGUCCAUCAGAGGAGGGGGCCCACCACUCUCAGGAGCUGGAAGUUCCAGAGCACCCUGAAAUGGAGCAACAGGCAUACACCAAGUAGAGAGAGAGAGAGAGAGAGAGAGAGAGAGGGGGGAUGAGACGUCACUGAGAGAGAGAGACAUGGCUGUAAUUUCAUAAGGAAUUUGCUAAGAUUCAACACAUCCAUCCCAAGCGCCUGCAUUCUGCAGACUUCCUCUUUAGGAAUAGCCUGGUCCCAGAUCGGUUUGUUCAACCAAUUGUAGACAAUGACCAUAAGAAUUGGCAAGACAGCACAAUCAGAUCUGGGACCAGGCUACUUCUUCACCAGCUAGCAGCAAAAGCUUGCAUAAUAACCCUGAUUCUGUGCGUGUGAGUGAAGAACCACACACUGUCACUGUGACCAUGCACUGUUUGGAGCUCCAAUAAACCAAUAGCAAAUGAAAAAGCUAA